AUGUACUGGACCACCACUGAGAUCCAACUCCUUCUGGAAGUCACGCUCCAGUACAAAGAGGAGAAGUCCAGGCAGAACAUCGACUGGAGAAGCCACACCAGCACCUACCACGACAUAUGGAAGGCCUUUCUGCAAGUCUACCCAGUCAAGAGGGCUGAGGAGGGGGUGAUGCACUUCCCACAUGACGUGGAGAGGAUCAACAAAGCAAAAGUCAUCUUCAGGCUUAUGGAGAUGAGGAGGAAAUUCCACAAGCAGAUGGACACACGCAACUUUAACUAUGGAUUCUGGGACAUCUGUGAGAAGAUCUGGGGAGAAAAGGAGCCCUGUGACGUUCCUGGAGUAGAGCAAGCUCCAGUGGAUGAAGAGGAGGAGGUGGAGGAAGAGGAGGACAGUGAAGACACCUGCAGUCCCUGGGAGUCCGAGAGCAGAGACUGGAGCUCCACAGAGUCAGAGGACGAGACGGAGAUGCUGACAACACCGUGCAAGAGGAGACUGUUUGAAGAGAAUGCAAUCGCUCUGGUAUGA